CUUUGUUGGGUUAUGUCUUCACGUGACCUUUCUCCUCCGUCCUCCUCCACUCCCUGAGUGACCCCAUUUUCACUCCUUCCUAAGGCCAUCGUCAUUGCUAAACGAAUCUCCCUUCUUCCCUUCUUUGGGUUUCAGAUUUGGAUCUCCAUUUUCAUGUCCCCAUGCCUUCUCCCUCUUCCUCUCUUACUCUUCUCGCCGUUCUUCUGUCCUUCAUUCACCUCGUCCAAUCUCUGACCUCUUCUUGUCCGCCUUUCUCUUCCAAACCCCUUUUCCCCUUCUCCUCUCUUCCGGGUCACGGCCAUCCUUCCUUCCACCUGCGUUGCUCUUCUCCCCACUCUCUUCUCUCCGUUAAUGGCCUUUCCUUUUCUCUCUUGAGUUUCAAUGCCACCUCCUCCACUCUCCUCCUUUCCCCUCUUCCCCUCACUCUCAACGAAUCCACCCACACCUGCUUUUCUCCUCGUUUCUCCUUUAUUCCCACCCGUUCCAUUAACUUCUCCGCCUCCCCCUUUCGAAUCUCUGAUGGGUAUUGUUCUAGGCUCUCUGUUCUUCGCCCCUGUUCGCCUCCGCAUCUACCCAAUUGCAGCCAUUGCCCUUGGGACUGCAAUCUUAUCAAGACACCACUUCAUUUGCUCCAUGGAUGCGGCGUCGAGCGUCAGUCCGUCUCGAAGCAAGGUUGUCAGGGUGAGGUGUUGGAGUAUUUGGAUCGAAUUCUUAGAUUGGGGAUUGAAGUCGAGUGGGAUACAGAUCAGGACCCUUAUUUUGUCAAGUGUAAAGAUUGUGAAGCUAGAAAUGGUGAUUGUGGAUUCAAUUCCUCUGACCCAGAUAGGCACUUCAUUUGCUAUCAUACUCAAACCCGAUACUCAUUUCCCAAUAGAAUCGCGAUUUUGUUCUCUGUUUUUGCGUUGAUCUGCUUGUUUUUGGUUAUUGCGGUGACCACGGUUUUUUUAAGGUCCAGAUGGUUGAGAUCCCUUGCUAGUGAAGUAGACCCCACAGCCCUGUUCCUCAGCCGUCAUCGUUCACCUAAUCUUCUCCCACCAGUUUUUCCCUACGAAGAGCUCGAGUCCUCAACUAAUCGGUUCGACCCCAAGAGGAAACUGGGCGAUGGUGGAUUUGGGUCUGUUUAUUUGGGUCAGCUUAACGAUGGCCGAUUAGUGGCUGUCAAGUAUCUUCACAAGCACCACGGCGCCGUCGCCACCGCCCCCUCCGGCAGGGCUUUCUUCACCAAGUCGUUCUGUAACGAAAUCUUGAUUCUUUCUUCAAUUAAUCACCCGAAUCUCGUUAGGUUACAUGGGUAUUGUAGUGACCCAAGAGGGCUUAUUCUUGUCUAUGAUUAUGUCCCAAAUGGGACACUCGCCGACCAUCUCCAUGGCGCAAAGAGCUCGUAUCGUAAGGGAUCUCUGACUUGGCAAGUGAGGAUUGACAUUGCCCUGCAAAUCGCCAUGGCUAUGGAGUAUUUGCAUUUCUCUGUGGCGCCGCCGAUUGUUCACAGAGACAUUACCUCUUCCAAUAUUUUCGUGGAGAUCGAUAUGAGAAUCAAGGUUGGGGAUUUUGGGCUUUCAAGGCUGCUGGUUUUCUCAGAUACGACGUCGUCGUCUUCAUCUGGGUAUGUCUGCACUGGUCCUCAGGGGACACCUGGUUACUUGGAUCCGGAUUACCACCGGUCCUUCCGGUUGACGGAGAAAAGUGACGUGUACAGCUUCGGAGUGGUGUUACUGGAGCUAAUUUCUGGUUUAAAAGCGGUGGAUCAGAGUCGGGAGAGAAGAGAAAUGGCGCUGGCGGAUCUUGUAGUGUCCAAGAUCCAAAUGGGUCAGCUUCAUCAGGUGGUGGACUCCGUUUUAGGCAUCGACGGCGAGGUUAUCGGCGGCGUUGAAGCGGUGGCAGAGCUAGCGUUUCGAUGCGUGGCGGCGGACAAGGACGACCGACCCGACGCCAAGGAGAUCGUUGAAGAGCUCCGGCGAAUUCGGAACCGCACACGUGGAGGUGACCGGUCGUCGAUUUCAAACGUGGGUGAUGACGUGGAUAUACGUUGAUUAGUUGAAGGCCCACUUGCGCAUGUGGGGAUUUGACGGAUCUAAAGAACAGCGACGGGACACUUUCUGGAUGCUUGCCUGUAAAAUGUCAAAAAUCCACGUGGCUACUACAUCUACUCAGCUCAACUGAAUCAGCUGACAGCUGAGAGAUGACUGUAAAAUGUCAAAUCCUACGGAGUUGUAAAGAAAUAAGAAAGCCACUAAUUUCAUAAU